CAUGCAUUUCAAACAAAAGGCAGCCAAUUACUAACUUCUGGUUGCUGGGUGUGGUCUCCUUUCAAAUUCUAUAAAAUCAGAAGCCCAAGGCUUCAUUCAGUUCUAGUGUGAAGCUUUCAGAGGAGAAUCUCUCAGUUCUUUGCAGGAAGGUGUAAACAAAGAAACUUCUUUAAAAAUGGCAAUGGUAUCAGAAUUCCUCAAGCAAGCCUGGUUUAUCGACAACGAAGAGCAGGAAUACGUUCAAACCGUGAAAGGAUACAAAGGUGGACCUGGGUCAGCAGUGAGCCCCUAUCCCACCUUCAAUCCAUCCUCGGAUGUUGCUGCCUUGCAUAAAGCAAUAACAGUUAAAGGUGUAGAUGAAGCAACCAUCAUUGACAUUCUAACUAAGAGAACCAAUGCACAGCGUCAACAGAUCAAAGCAGCAUAUCUCCAGGAAAAAGGAAAGCCCUUGGAUGAAGCUCUGAAGAAAGCCCUUACAGGUCACCUUGAAGAAGUUGUUUUGGCUCUAUUAAAAACUCCAGCCCAGUUCGAUGCUGAUGUACUCCGAGGAGCCAUGAAGGGCCUUGGUACUGAUGAAGACACUCUGAAUGAAAUUUUGGCAUCAAGAACUAACAGAGAAAUCAGAGAAAUUGACCGAGUCUAUAGAGAAGAAUUGAAGAGGGAUCUGGCUAAAGACAUCGUCUCAGACACCUCUGGAGAUUAUCGGAAGGCUUUGCUUUCUAUGCUUAAGGGUGAUCGGGCUGAGAAUCUUGGGAUAAAUGAGGAAAUGGCUGAUUCGGAUGCCAGGGCACUAUAUGAAGCAGGAGAAAAGAGAAAAGGGACAGAUGUGAACGUGUUCACUACCAUUCUUACCACCCGAAGCUAUCCCCAUCUUCGAAGAGUGUUUCAGAAGUAUACCAAGUACAGUCAGCAUGACAUGAACAAAGUUCUGGACCUGGAGAUGAAGGGUGACAUUGAGAAGUGCUUCACAGUUAUUGUGAAGUGUGCCACAAGCAAACCAAUGUUCUUUGCUGAGAAGCUUCAUCAGGCCAUGGCGGGUGUCGGAACACGUGAUAAAACACUGAUCAGGAUUAUGGUUUCCCGUUCUGAAAUCGACAUGAAUGAUAUCAAAGCAUGUUACCAGAAGCUGUAUGGUGUCUCUCUCUGCCAAGCCAUCAUGGAUGAAACCAAAGGAGAUUAUGAGAAAAUCCUAGUGGCCCUCUGUGGAGGACAAUAAACAUUCCUUUGAUGAUCUCAAGCUUUUUAAUGAGAAGAUUUUUAAAAUCAUGUCUUUUUAUGCCAUAUUGUAGAUUUAAAUAGGAAAGUUUCUUCAGCAGGAUUUAUCUAGCUAACUGCUUUCUGAAAACUAUAGCUAAUAUAGCUUGUUUUUAUAUCACAACUCUGUUUAAUAGAGAUAAAUUAAAAAAAAAAUUUACCACGAACUCUAAUACUUCAUAAACAGGUUGUUCUGGUAAUUACCUAAGAAAGAUGUUUAUGUAAUAGAAAAUAAAGUGAUUUUACAGGAUUAUUGAUGUGUUACUGGUUCUUCUGUUCUGAUUUUCUUCUGU